GUUGUAUUGUCCCGACAUUCACAGUAGAACGCCCACCGAAAACGGUUCUACUUUGCAUCAUAUUGGCAGUUCUUGGACCAUUUGAUCAAUAUGCGUCUGAUCACGGCGCUGCUUCUAUGCGUCGCGGCGGCGUGGGCCGGGCCUUUGGACGUGAGGGUAGAAUCGGGGCCGCGCGAUGUGAGGGUAGAGUCCGGAGCCCGCUCGGCCGCUGAUUGGUGGCAGACCGCGCUAGUGUAUCAGAUCUACCCUCGAUCUUUUAAGGACAGCGACGGUGAUGGCAUUGGUGAUUUGAAUGGAAUAACGGAGAAGCUGCCCUACCUGAAAGAUACAGGGGUAGACGCGAUCUGGAUGUCUCCCAUCUUCCUGUCGCCGAUGUACGACUUCGGCUACGACAUCACCGACUACCGCCAGAUCGCGCCCGAGUACGGGACUAUGGAGGACUUCGAUAACCUCUUGGCGACGGCUAAGGAAAUCGGCAUCCGCGUUAUUCUGGACUUCGUGCCAAACCACACGGGCAACGAGAGUGAAUGGUUCAUCAAGUCUAAGAACCGGGAGCCAGGGUACGAGAACUACUACGUCUGGGCCGACGGGAUCCCCAGCCCCGACAAAGCGGGUGUUAUGCUGCCGCCUAGCAACUGGAUAAGCAUUUUCCGUAAGAGCGCUUGGGAGUGGUGCGAGGAACGUCAGCAGUUCUACCUUCACCAGUUCGUGGUGGGGCAACCCGAUCUCAACUACCGCGACCCGCGCGUGCAACAGGAGAUGAAGGAUGUGCUAAGUUACUGGCUGGACAAGGGUGUGUCAGGUUUCCGUGUAGACGCCAUCAACAUGAUGUACGAAGUAGACCCCAAGGACUUCGACGGGAAGUACCCAGAUGAACCGCUGUCGGGCGACCCCAACGCAAACCCAGAGGACUACGAAUAUUUGAGCCACCCCUACACUCGAGACCUGUUAGAGACUUACGAUGUCGUAUACGAUUGGCGCGAUCUCCUGAACGAGCACACUCAGAAAGACGGAGAGUACAAAAUCCUGAUGACGGAGGCCUACACCGACAUCGAGCUGAUGAUCCGGUACUACGGCCACGGGAACAGGAACGGAUCUAUUCCCUUCAACUUCAGUUUCUUGGGAGAUAUCAACAAUCAUUCGAACGCGAGAGACAUCAAGAUGAUUAUCGAUAGGUUUAUGACGUACAUCCCUAUCGGGAAGACUGCUAACUGGGUGAAUGGGAACCACGACCAAAGCCGCCUGGCUUCACGUCAUGGCACGGACCGCGUAGACGCCAUGAACAUGCUCGCGCUACUGCUGCCCGGAGUUACCAUUACCUACCAGGGUGAAGAAAUCGGCAUGACCGACGGCUACGUGUCCUGGGAGGACACCAAAGACCCCCAAGCUUGCAACACAGACGACCCAAUCAACUACUACAAGAAGUCGCGCGAUCCCAACCGCACUCCCUACCACUGGGACGAUUCGAGCCAAGCUGGCUUCUCCACCGCCAAUCACACCUGGCUGCCGGUCGCGGAUAACUACAAAACCGUUAACCUGGCCAGCCAGAUGAAAGCUUCCAAGAGCCAUUACAAGUUCUACAAAGAUGUGGUAGCUGUCAAGAAGAGCGACGCUGUUCGUUUUGGAGAUUUGGACACAAGAGCGUUUUCGGAAAACAUCCUUGUUGUUACAAGAUUAGCACACCUGAAUCCGGGUAUUGUGGGUAUAGUGAACCUUUCCGAUGAGGACCAAGUUGUGGACUUGAGCUCAAUCAAGAUGCUGCCUGGUCACCUGCUCUAUGUGGCUGCUUCUGGAGUUCACUGCUCACUUGACAAGUGGCAAAUUGUGUUGAAGAACCAGGUUACCGUGUCAGGUCACUGCGCUAUCGUCCUCAGGACCCUGUUAUUCAAUUGCUGAUUCAGCUGAAACACUUGAACAUACUAGUACUUACUAACUGACC